UGCAUUGCUGAAAGAUCUCUGUUUAUCCCCUGUACUAUGUCCGCAGUCUCUGGUCAUCUCCUGUACUACGUCUGCAGUCUCUGGUCAUCUCCUGUAGUACAUCCACAGUCUCUGGUCAUUUUCUGUACUAUGUCUGCAGUCUCUGGUCAUCUCCUGUACUAUGUCUGCAGUCUCUGGUCAUCUCCUGUACUAUGUAUGCAGUCUCUGGUCAUCUUCUGUACUAUGUCUGCAGUCUCUGGUCAUCUCCUGUACUGUCUCCGUAGUCUCUGGUCAUCUCCUGUACUAUGUCUGCAGUCUCUGGUCAUCUCCUGUACUAUGUCUGCAGUCUCUGGUCAUCUCCUGUACUAUGUAUGCAGUCUCUGGUCAUCUCCUGUAUUAUGUCCACAGUCUCUGGUCAUCUCCUGUACUAUGUCCACAGUCUCUGGUCAUCCCCUGUACUGUGUCCGCAGGCUCUGGUCAUCUCCUGUACUAUGUCCGCAAUCUCUGUUUAUCCCCUGUACUAUGUCCGCAGUCUCUGGUCAUCUCCUGUACUACGUCUGCAGUCUCUGGUCAUCUCCUGUAGUACAUCCACAGUCUCUGGUCAUUUUC